ACCAGGUGUGGACUGGAAUGCGCCAAUGUUUACUUUCAUUUCCCCAUACCAUGUUAAAUGCUCUAGGUGUAAAUAAGUAACCUCCAUCCUGCAUACAGAGAAUAUUUUGAUCUUAAUGUUUUGAUGUUUUUCUCUUUCAAUAACUAUUCUCUAUAUCAAGAGGGACGAUCAAAACAUAAGUAUUUAAGGAGAGUAAAAAUUUUUUAAUUUGCAGAACUCUUUCAUAAUCAUUGCUGUUAUAUGUGCCAGUUUUACCUCCAUCCUCACUGUGCCAAUUCUGAGAAGCUAAUCCCCACCUUGAAACACAACUGCCAUGAACAACACAAUCUGUACUAUUUUAUGUCAGACAAUGAUGGCUUGUUUAGAUGUCAUGUCUGUGAUAACAGCUGCGUUGGUUCUUUCUAUCGUUGCGUAGAGUGUGAUGAAAACUACCAUUUUGAAUGUAUACCGUUGCCAGAUUCGAUACUGAAAUGUAAAUUCCACAAGCAUAAACCGCUUGUCUUCAAGGAUGUGUAUGCCGAAGAAGAAUAUAGCGAAGAUCAUUUCUGUGAUGCUUGUGAGGAUUUGAGGAAUCCAAUUUACUCUCUAUAUUUCUGUGAUGAAUGUCUUUUUGCAGUUGAUAUUGCAUACUGCAACUUUCACAUGCAUGAAUCGUGCUUACAGUUAGCCUUUGAGAUUAGGCACCCUUACCAUAAGAAGCACCCACUCUUCCUGAGGAUCCUAAAUGGUCAAUUUAACUGCAGCAAAUGCCAUAAAAAGUGUAUCGGCUUCACCUACCAUUGUGAAAUGUGUUCCUUCACCCUUGAUUAUGAAUGUAUUCAAUCGACAAAGCAGGAGGAGGAGGAAGAGGAAGAAACAGAAGCUCAAGGGAGUGAUACAGGGCAUGAAGAAAUUGAUGCAAAAGAACGAACUAUUGCUCAGCUUACAGAAACAAUCCUCGGCCUUCGGAUUGAGGUUGAAACAUUGAGAGAGAAAGUAUAUUUAUUGACAACAGAAAGGGAUGCCAUCAAGGAAACACUUCCCAACACAUCUACACGAUCUUUGAGCUUGCGGGAGUGAGUUUUUGUUUAUGCAUUGAACUUUGUUAGGGAUUUACCCAUCUGUAUAUAAGAAUGUUUGUUUCUAGACUUGGGGAGAUGUUUGGUAGGUCUUUCGAUGGGUUUUCCCAUUACUUAUCAUGACAAGGAUGUGAAUGCUCACAAUGGUGCUUGUAAUCUGAAUUUCAAACCGCGUUUUUGUUCAGCACCUCAUUAAAAAUAUUAAUUCAUU